AUGCGGGCGGAGUCGGAGGCGGCCCGGGACGAACUUCGGCGCCGCCUGCGCAACGUUGUGCGUGUCAUCGAUGAGGCGCUCUCGCUGCAUGGCCGCCGCACGGGCGCGGGCCCCCUCCGCAGUUCUGUCACUGACGUGCCUGAGCGGAGUGACAGCGCCAGGCUCGCCCCCCAUGUGUCCUCGGAGGCCGAGGUUCCGUCGGAGCGGCGACGGCGCGAACUGCAAGAGGAGCGUGAAAGUGCGCAGCGGCGUUUAGAAAGUUUGAAGCGUGCACGUGAACGACGGGGGAGGCGGUCGGAGACAACCCCCGAUGGAUCAGAUGCCUCAGGCCCGUUGCUCGCCCCGCUGCAUUCCAGUGAGUUGGACCCGCAACGGCAACCGCCGGCCCCGCUGCAGCUGCUGCUGCCGACGGCGCCAGACUCGCCAGUCGCAGCAGACAUUGGGGUAAAGCAAAGCUGUGACGCGUGGGAAGGGGGCCGGGGGGGUUCGUCGCCUCGAGAGGCGCAGACGCAGGUGGCGGUGUUGGAGGAGGAGUUCCGUAAACGUUUCGCUGAGCGUUGUGCAGAGGAGGAAAGCCGCUUGGAGGAGUUGCGCACGGUGCGCCGCUCGGCGAUGGCAGCGCGUCAAAAGGCACUUGCCGAGGCGCAAGCUCAGAUUGAGCGAGCGGAGUCAGAGCGCGUCGCCAAGUUGCUUCAGAUUCAAAACGAAAUGGAGCGCAGUCUGGCGGCGUCGCAGGAGCGUUGCAUCCCCACGGAGGCGGAAGUUCGAGCGAUUGGGGCGCACGAAGAGGCGCUUGCGGCACUGCGCGCCCACACAGGCAUUGGAGCCGCGUCCCCUUCGCCCGUGUGUCACUCCCCUUCCCUAUCCACUUCGGUUGUUGCCCGCUCGGCUUCAUGUGGAGGUUCCUCGCCGCAACGCCGAGGCGCUUCCCUCAAACCGACACGUUCUCCACCCCUGGAUGGAGUCUUAUCCUCCGCAACGCCUCCGCAGGCGGAUUAUUCACCAUCGCCUCUGGGGCCUGAAGAAACCUCCCCUCCGUCUCCGCGCAGGUCUCCCCACACCGCUGCUGUGUCUGGUGGAAGUGGCAGUCCUGCAGGCUCCUUCGCUGCAGGGAAAGGGACGUCAGGGAGCCGCACACCGUCUCCCUCGCUGCCGUUCCCACCUCCAGCGACGUUGUCCGUUGCGGCCGCUGCCAAUGAUGUGAAGGAAGUGCCACUUACUGCUGCCUCUCCCACUGGGCCGCCGCAGGAGCGUUUUCUUUUCUCCCCCAGUGUUACUUCAUCAGCGUUAGGGCACGCAGUUUCAAACCCACCGGCAAGGUCUCUUUUGCCAUCGCAGUUUUUGUCUGGACUGCGGAGGCGAGGUCUUCUCGCAGAUGUCCUCCCAAGCGGGGAAACGGUCAUACCCACCCUUGUGCGCCUUUCGAAAGACGGACGCGAGGUGCUUCUUUUGGUGGAGCGACUUGAAAGGGCUUUAGCCUGCCGUUCUAGAACGCCUCCCACAUCUUUGUCUCAGGCAUUGCCAUCGUCGUCGUCUGCGCUGUCGCGAGGCAUGCGGCGUGAGCUGCCGUCUCCGAGGAAGGAGGGGGCAGCUCACCAACAACAAGAACAGCAACAGAGAGGAAAAAGCAAACUCGACGUAAGCUCGACACGCCGGGUACGGGAAAUAUACCACGUGUCACUUGUAGAUGGUUUUUUAUUGUAUCCGCACGGCGUUAUUGGUGUUGGCGCCACUGGGAGUGUCAGCAGUAUUAUUUGUGGAACCCGCGCCCGUCAGUUGCUGAUCGAGCACGCGUGCACGCUCUUUGAGCUUGGUAAGACAUCCCCGUACUGUCUUGCUCUCGUAUCGCCCGGCCCACCACAUCACAAGAACGAAGCCGCGGGUUCCCCACUGCCGCAUCGACGAAGUCAAAGUGAUCUCAGUGGUGCAACUUUGCUGUUGCUGCGAUUUCGCUGCCGGUGGGACUGGGUUGCGUUUCUCGUGGCAGUCGCUGCAACGACAACGCAAUGGCGAGGGACCCCACCCUUAUCCUAUGGGCGGGCACUGUGGAUGCUCGCGGCACAGCUGUGGCGGCGCCAGCGUAAUAGCCUCGUCUUAUCUGCACCGACGAAGCAUUAUAGAGGUUUGCCGGUUUCGGUUCUCUCCUUCACCCCUGUGCUGAAGCCAGUAGCUGCGUCAAGUGCGGGGACCACCUCUGCGUCUAUCGAGCGAAGCAAGUACCUGCGGGCUGCGCCUGCGCGUUUUGCGGUGCCUCCCCCUUGUGAUUGGCAUGACAGCAACGAAGAUGACUAUGGCACUACCAGUCGUGUCGAUGGGAGACGUUUUGCUAGGGGUGCUGGGGCGUUGCCAACGGGGCAUAGAAGUCGCUUUGGCGUGCGGCCUUUAACGACAUCGAACGGUUGUUUCUCCCGACACUCUAGUGCCUCAGCUACGCGUGUGGGCAACGGUUAUUGA